CUCCUCACCAGCCAAGUCACAGCUAAAAUAGCAUAAGUUACAGCCAAGCUACAGUCACAACUAUCUGAGGUACAGCAAGACACAGCUAAGAUUUUCCGGGGUACAGCAAGACACAGCUAAGACACUCCGAGGUACAAGACACAGCUACGACUUUCGGGGUACAGCAAGGCAGCCAAGAUGGUGGUACAGUUUAAGGUAUUCAAGAAACCGGCUCCCAACGGCAAGUUAACCAUCUACCUGGGCCGCAGGGACUUUGUUGACCACGUCUCCUCUGUGGACCCCGUUGAUGGCGUGCUGGUGAUCGAUACCUCGUAUCUACAAGGUCGCAAAGUAUUCGGCCAGCUUGUGUGCAGCUUCAGGUAUGGCCGCGAGGAAGAUGAGGUCAUGGGCCUCAGCUUCCAAAAGGACCUCUUUCUUGCCUCUGAACAGAUUUAUCCGCCCAAGGAAGUUCAGCCCACCAAACUGCAAGAUCGACUCAUGAAGAAACUGGGCCCCAACUCCUAUCCGUUCACGUUCAAGAUGCCCGAGAACGCGCCUCCCUCAGUCACCAUCCAGCCAGGACGGGAGGACGAGGGUCGUCCUUGUGGUGUUGAGUACUACAUCAAGGUGUUUGUCGGUGACACUGAAGAAGACCGCAGCCACAAGCGGUCUACGAUCACACUCAAUAUUCGUCGCAUUCAGUUCGCUCCCAGCAAGACUGGCCGGCAGCCAUGCACCAUCGUCAGGAAGGACUUCCUGAUGAGCCCUGGGGAGCUGGAGCUGGAGGUGACUCUGGACAAGCAGCUCUACUACCAUAAUGACAAAAUUGCCAUCAACAUGAUUGUAAACAAUCAUAGCAACAAGACGGUGAAGAAGAUCAAGGCCGCUGUCCAGCAGUCCGUCGAUAUCUGUCUCUUCUCCGGCGGUCAGUACCGUAGUACCGUCGCCAGCGUCGAGACCCAAGAAGGGUGCCCAGUGAAUCCCGGGUCUUCCCUGCAGAAGGUGGUCUACCUCACACCGACACUCAGUAGUAACAUGGACCGUCGGGGUAUAGCGCUCGAUGGUCACCUCAAGAACAUUCACACCAACCUCGCCUCCUCCACCCUACUAGCCAACCCUGAAUCUCGGGACAUGUUCGGGAUGGUGAUCUCGUACAUUGUGAAGGUGAAACUGUACCUCGGGGCCAUGGGUGGUGAAGUGACAGCUGAACUGCCCUUCGUGCUCAUGCACCCUAAGCCUGACCUCCGCCGGAUGAUGCGAGCUGACAGCCAGGCGCAGGUGGAGGCCUUCCGCUCUGAGAGUAUGGCUCAGUCUGUCGACAUGGACUAGACAACCUUAGCCUCAGCCUCGCCAGCGACAGGAGGCUCCCGGCUGCGGCAGGAGGCUCCCGGCUGCGACAGGAGGCUCCCGGCUGCGACAGGAGGCUCCCGGCUGCGACAGGAGGCUCCCGGCUGCGACAGGAGGCUCCCGGCUGCGACAGGAGGCUCCCGGCUGCGACAGGAGGCUCCCGGCUGCGACAGCUUUCAGCUGAGCACUAUGUUGGAUACAAAGUUACAAUCUAGAAGUAGAAAACAUGAAACACUUUAAGCUGAUAUGGAUUCAUGGCCCUAACAGUGCUCAGCUUUGUCCCAGGGUAGACUCGUGUAGCCGGUGACAGCUUCCAGGAGACAAAGCUGCCGGUCAGCUAACUUAGCUUUAUACAAGACCUGUGUGCACUCGUUAAGUGCUCAUGGGCUCAAAAAUUCACAGCAGUUUUGAAGUGCGCCAUGUUAUCCACUUCUGACUUUUUCCUUUGCAUCUAACGGGGAGCUCAGUUUCGGUAUAAAAUUUUUUGAGCUUUCAUAAUCAUUUUGUUUAUAUUUACUAGUGAGCUCUGUAUUAAAAAUCCAGAUGCUAUUAAUAUGAGCCUAUCACAUUAAAAAAAAACUGGAAAAUGGAGGCAAUGAUUAAGAAUUUUAAGAAGAACGUCCGGAACCCCUCUAGUCUACCGUCUCAUUUAAUGCAUGUAAACAAACCAUCGAGUACUCUUAGAAUUCAAAAGAAAGUAUAAAAUGUUAUAUAUUUAAUCAUAAUAAAAUAUAACCGUAAUGAAAUUUAAAUUGUAUUUAGCCGACAUAUUAAUUGCUGUAUUCAGUUCCCAGUAUUAAUUUUCCAGCCUGUAGAAAUUGACCACCUUAUAACGCAUCGUUGUGGAGUGAUUUGUUCUUUCUUUUGAAAAAAAGUGUCUACAUAGAAAAAUAUAUAUGAAUCAAAAUCUGGUGAACGAAUGUUCAAUAAUAAGUAUUAGAUAAGAUUUCCCGUGAGAUUCAAACGUUCACGAGUGUUAAAAUUGAUUUCUUGUGAAACUCGGGUUCGCAAUUGUCAAGGCUAUUUUCUGUGAUAUUUUACUAGAUAGAUAAAGCAGCCAUCGGAACUGUUGUUAAGUGAUGUGUGAGAGGGAGAGCGGAAGUGGACUCUGCCUCCCUCAGGAGUACAGGACCAUUGACGUCAAACACCAAGCACUAACCUAAGGUUUAGACACACCAUUGAAGUAUUGCUACUAGAAAACUAUUCUCAGGUGAUGAUUUAUUAAGAAAUUAUUAAUUGUUACCCGGCAUUCUCAUAUCUGGGGGGUCAGUGACGCCAACCAGGAAUUACUAAAAUUAUCAAAGUCGGAACACCAUGGAAGAAAUGAAGUUUGAGUUUUUUUUUUUUGGGGGGGGGGAGGGGAGGGGAGGGGAGGGGAGGGGACAGGACAGGACAGUGACAGUCGUCAGUUUUGACUCUAAAACUGUGAGAAGCGAUGAGUCUCGAGUUGUCUGUUUUUUAUUCGGUUAUUGCUUAAUCUCCGUAUAAUGUGAUAGUUGGAAUAAAUUAUUUAUUAAGGUAUUGGAAUUAUAUAUCUUAAAUAAAUGUUCUCCGAAAUAGAAUGUCUUAUAUUGGUAAUAAAUAAAUCAGCAGUUACA